AUGAUCUUCCUUUGCUAUAUCAACACCUUCUCCGCCAUGGCCCGUCCCAUCAACCGCUCGCCAGCCCACAUCACCGCCUUUGCCGCCAAGCAUUCGCUGCUCAAGGGUGAAAACGCCGCCGCCGCGUCGCUCGAUCUAGAGUCCUCCUCCCCGAUCGGGCUCCCGCUCGCCAAGCACCUCACCAAGGACUCACGUACCAGCGUCCACUCCAUGGACAAGAUCAAGAGAUGGUUCAAGUGGUCGCACUAA